AUGAUACCACGCUACAAACCUAAAAAUCGUAGAUCAUGUUGGCUGGAAGGGUGCCCACAAAAGAAAGGGGUAUGCGUAACUAUCAGGGUAGUUACACCCAGGAAACCAAAUUCAGGACUACGUAAGGUCGCAAGGGUACGACUAAGCACAGGUAGAACGGUAACUUGCCAUGUACCUGGUGAAGGACAUAAUCUUCAUACUCAUUCAGUGGUACUGGUUCGUGGUGGGCGUUGCCAAGAUGUUAGCGGUUGUCAUUACAAGGUGAUACGUGGUAAAUACGACUUGCUUCCUGUAAAAAAUCGCGCUUCAUCAAGAUCAAAGUAUGGUGUCAAACUAUCUGAUGCUGUUGUCAAUAAACGGAGACUGCGCAUGAACCAAUUACAUGUCACUACUGAGUUAGAUCGAGAUGUCUUCAACACACUGAUGUUACAAGACUGGGUAAACGUUGAUGGUUCACGUCGCACGGAACCCAUAGCUCCGGAUGAACCUGUACCAGUAGAUAUCUUCUCUUUCAACAGUCGUCUUCGCAACAUUGUACACGCAAACAAGGGAUGA